UCCUCUCGUCGACGUCGAGUAGUCCAGUUUCGAGUGACACUAGUUUCGGGUGGUGCUCCACACACGAGAGCCCCGGAGUUUAUUUAUUUUACGCUAUUAUUAUUGUUUUUCCUUUUUUCGUCGGCCGUGCACGCGCUCGCGUAUAUUUUGCACGUGAAAAAAUACCGUUUACGAUGACGUGAGCACCACCGAUUCCGCGGUUUCGUCGCUUGUGCACCACCAGUUUUUUGGCGUGGUCAACGUACGCAGGCAGCGGUAUUUCCGGGUAACAGUUUUUUGGACAAACCGCGAAAGUGGCUCUCUCGGUGACGGCCGCUUCGUCGGCGGCAUCAGCCGUGUUCUCCGAGAGCUCGGGCGACCUGCUGCCGGAGCUCAACAGCGCCGACCUAGCGAUGUCUCUGAGCCCCAAGCCCCAUCACCAUCACCAUCAUCACCAUAAUCAUCACGCAGCACACACCACGCCGUUCUCGGUCACCGACAUACUCAGCCCGAUCGAGGAGUACCGUAAGCUCGAGCUGUGCGGUUCACCGUCGCCCUACCACAGGUCCAGCACGGCCGGCAGCACCGGUGGAAGCGCGUCCGGAAGCCCAGGUGCCAUGUCCGGUGGCGGAGGUAACAACAACAACAAUAACAACGUCCCCGGCACGGUUCCAACAGCUACUAGCUGGCACGUACACCCGCAGUUCCCGGCUCCGCCGCCGCCGCCGCCGCCACCGCAAUAUUGUCAGCCAGACAUGGUCACGUCGUACGGAAAUUCGGCCACGUGGUAUGGAGCGCCGGCCAACGACCCACGAUUUGCAAUAUCGAGAUUGAUGGGAUCAUCAAACACCUCGAUGAAUGGUAUGACAAACAUGGGAUGUGAUACCAAACCACCUUUACAGUUUCCACUUACUCAAAGAAGAAAACGAAGAGUGCUGUUCACGCAGGCUCAAGUAUACGAAUUAGAGCGAAGGUUCAAACAACAGAAAUAUUUAUCGGCACCAGAACGAGAACACUUGGCUAGUUUGAUCCAUUUAACUCCUACACAGGUAAAAAUAUGGUUCCAAAACCAUAGAUACAAGUGUAAACGUCAAGCAAAAGAAAAAGCAAUGGCCGAACAAAAUGCCCAAAAUCAGGCUCAAAGUUCACCACGACGAGUGGCUGUGCCCGUUUUAGUGAAAGACGGUAAACCGUGUUCGGGUACUUCAGAUUCCUCGGGCCAACAACCGGCGCCGGGGGGCAACAAUUGCAAUGGCCAUAGCCCUGCCAUGCAUCACGGUGGUCACGUACCCGUCCCCGUCCAUCCCCAUCAUCAUAGUCAUCAUCACCAUCACCCGUCCAAUGUUGGACAUCACCAACAACAACACCAACCGCCGCAACACCAGCUGCUGACCAACACUGCAAUGGCAUAUCCAAGACAAAAUGUAGGUCAGCAUCACCAUCAACAACAGAACAUGUCCUAUUUAUCUAUUCAAGGACGUGCUUGGUGAGCUAUGACUUAUUUGGUCCGUUACCUAUUUUUAGCUAAUCAACAACACUGUAGGUAUCUAAAAAUUAAUUUCAUAUCGUACGCAACGCAAUCGCUAUUGUGUUCAUAUAAUACAUGUUAUAAGUGUGUAUAUAUUGCACACACAUCGCACGAAAAACAUUAUGUAUACAUAUAAAGACAAUUUCAAAUCACAAUGACAUUACAAUAACCACAGUUCUAGUGAGAUAUAUUAUGUUCCCCGUCAACAUAAAUAUAAACAGUAAUGUAUAAAAAUGUUAAUAUUUUAUUUUAAAUUAUUUAAGUUGAUUAUUCUAUAUUCGUUUUAGUGUUUUUUUUUUUAUUUGUUCUUAAAAUGUUAAAUAUAUUCUACGUCUAUGUUAUACUCCAACGAUGUCAUGAAUUUUGAAACAUCUUUAUACGUAUACAAGUAUACGUAAAAUUAAACUAUCUGUAUUAAAUUAUUAUACUAUACAUAGUAUAUAUUCCGAGUACAUAUAUGUAUAGCUAUAGCCAUUAAAUGUAUUAAAUAUUAUUGUAUAGCAAACAUGUUUAUCACUGAUGAUGUCUGAUAAUUUGUUUUUUUUUUAAUUUGUUAGGUCUGUGAUAGUUUCACUUUGGUAUGUUUUUUCGUACAUAUUAAUUCUUUAUCUCUAUUAUUAUUAUUACUAUUAUUAUUAUAUUUAUAUAAGACGUGUGUACAUUAAAUUUAAAAGCACUAUAAACACAAUUUUCAGUUGUAGGUGUAUUAAACUAAGAAUUUAGCUUUAGAUUCUAUACAAAUAGACUGUUUGAAUACCCAAAGUAUAAUUAUAUAAUUUUUGUAAAUCUCUAUUUAUUAAGAUGAUCAAAUUGAAUAAUGAACGAAGACAUAAAACAGUUUAAAUAAUUAUACUAUAUAGUAUAGCCUUAUUGUCAAAACAAUUAUAUAUAUUGGUAUUUAUAAAAAGUCAAAGUUAUUUCAAUACUAUAAAAUAUUAUGUACAGUUAUCAAACGAAUCGUACAUGAGCAAGUAAAAAACAAUGUCGUUUAAAAUGACCUAUAUAUCUAUAUGAAUAUUUUUCAGCGUAGGUAUAAAAAAACUAGCUUGUAUAAAUAUUAUUAUCAUUGUUGAAUUAUUUUAAUUGAAUUGAUCCGUUUUCCUUGUUAAAUGUUUAGUAAUUAUGGACAAUAUUACGAUUCGUAUAUCUAAUAGUAAUGAGUCAAAUUGUACGAACAAAGUAACUUAUUACCUUACAACGAGUAUUUUUCAAUUACAACAUUUUAAUAAGCCGAAUAAAUUAUCAGAUUUUUCUUGCACAACCCCGAACUGUAAUUGUUUUGUAAAAAUGUUCGACUUCUAUACACCUAUUGUAUAUUCAUUUUUUUUUUUAUCCAUUAUAAUUACUUUUUUUUUUUUGUGUAAAAUGUGAUGUAUAUGUAAUUGUAUC